AUGGAUUCGAAACUUGGCGCCGAUCUCGUGAGCGCAGCUGAACAUGUCGCAAACCGAUGUCGCGAUGCGGUGCGCAGCGGGCCAGGGCCAUCAGACACGGCGAGCAUUUGCGCAGCCUUGGACUGCGUCCAGUCACUGCUCUUCCAAUUGGAGCCGACUAUGUUUGUCCAGCGGCUUGCAAACCAGAACCAGCUUCUGGCAUGUGUGCAAUGGUUGGGCGAGUUUCAAGUGCUGGCCUAUCUCCCACUCGAGGCAGAGGAUGGACUGCCUAUCAGAGAUGUGGCCGAACUGGCUGACGUGCCUGAGGCGCAGCUGUGCCGGAUUGUUCGUCUCACAACCAUGGGCGGCUUCUUGCGUGAACCACGGACUGGCUUCGUUGCACACACCGCCCUUUCUGCUAGCUUCGUUCGUCAACUAGCUCAACUGGAUGCAACUAUGUUCUUGGCCGAGACGGUGGCGCCUUGUAUGCUGCGCAUGGCAGCUGUGUCGCGACACAGCCAGGGCGAAGGAUCCGCGGUCGAUUGGAGCAGCCAGCGAGUGCAACGGCUGUGGUCAAGCUUCGGUGGGGCCUUGGGCGGCGGCGAUCAAGACACCCCCAUCUUGGCACAGAUUGACUGGGCGAGCGUGGGUCCGCUAGCGGAAAGCCAUCCCGCCCUGAUCUUCGUCGUGCAGAUGCAGACAGCCGCCACAGCAUCCGCCACAGCCACAGCCACAGCCCCCCUAUUCACCCCAACCACCAGUCAUCACAACCUCCACCUAUGUCAGCGAGCGCAUGGCACACCACAGACAGUCGCCGACGCCGCCCUGUACCUUAUGCGCGUACCUGCAGCCGUCCCUGGAUCCAUCCGCCCUCACAUUGAAGCCGAACUGCGCGCCCACCUACCCGCCCUCCAGGCCCAGCGAAGCGCGAUACUAAUUCUGACAUGUCCUUUGCUGCCGGAGCCUGGCGCCGUCUCACGUCAGACUGAGCUCCUUGCACGCUUGCGCGACUUGGCUCGCCUACAGCUGGUCGGGAGCGGCCUGUUAACCAUACAGGAGCUAGUUGAGCUUGUUGGCAGCAUCCACGAUGCCCACGGCGGCCUCGUCAUCGUCAAGCAGCUCCAUGCCCCUAAUAGCGCCGUUGUCGGAUUUGCGGUCCGUUAUCAACCAUUGCUACCACUGACUGGUCAACGUGAAAUAUGACGACCUUAACUGUGUACGUAGGAACCAAAAUUAGCGACACAGUGGCGAUUGUAAUUGCUUAUCCUAGAGCUAUGCUCACCGGUGUAGACCAACUACAUAUAUGUAAUUGCAAUCAACAAAUAGA